AUGGAAAGGGCGGACUCCUUCUCUGUUUGGGAAACGCUGUCAGGGGAUAAAUCCCCCUCUGUACAUCCGGCUCAGGUGUUAACACCAAGUCUGCUUACCAUUUCACACCGUAAGCCAAUCCGUGCAAGUUCAACGUGUGGUGAACACAACGGACAACCAAUAAAUGAGGUCUACUGCUCACUAACAGGGUCAACACAGUAUUCGCCGUUGAACUACUACUCAUAUCAAGAGGACUCCAAUAGUCCUUUUCCGUUUACUGAACUUCGCCAGGAGCGUGAAGCUUUCGUUCAGGGCGGUCACGGAUGUGGUCAUUGUAUGGCCGGAACAGAGAAUGAGCAUCCUGCGGAAAAUAUGGUUGAUGGCAAUACUAGCUGGUGGCAAUCUCCACCUCUUUCUAGAGGAAUGGAGUUCAACCACGUUAAUAUCACAAUUGAUCUGGAGCAGGAGUUUCACGUGGCCUAUGUCUGGAUUCAAAUGGCAAACAGUCCCAAGCCAGGAACAUGGAUUUUGGAAAGAUCUACAGAUUAUGGGAAGACUUUUCAGCCAUGGUAUUUCUUUGCCGAAACCCCAGCAGAGUGCAUGAGACAAUUCGGUAUGGAGUCACUCUCUCCAAUCUCCGAAGAUGAUCGAGUUGUAUGUCGUUCCGAUUUGGCAGGUAUUCACCCUCUUGAGAAUGCUGAGAUGGUGAUCAAAAUUCUUGAGCACCGCCCAAGUCGAUUCAAAUUCUCUUCAUCGGAAGCGCUCCAGAAUUUCACCCGUGCGACAAAUGUACGAAUUCGUCUACUUGGGACCAGAACGCUUCAAGGUCAUCUAAUGCACCUUAAUGAUAGGACAGAUCCGACAGUGACUAGAAGGUAUUUCUACUCCAUCAAAGAAAUUCUUAUGGGAGGGCGUUGCGUUUGCAAUGGUCAUGCUGGUACUUGUGAUAUUCUGGAUCCCAGGAGACCCCGUACACUUUUGUGCAGGUGUGAACACAAUACGUGUGGAGAUAUGUGCGAGCGGUGUUGUCCAGGAUUUGAGCAAAAGAGGUGGCAGCCAACGACGGCGCACAACAAUUUCACAUGUGAACCAUGUAAUUGCUUUGGCCGUUCCGAUGAAUGUGUGUAUGAUGAAGACGUGUUCGUAAACCGGCUCUCUCUUGAUAUUCAUGGUAAUUACGAAGGAGGUGGACGUUGUCUAAAUUGUCGGGAUCAUACGGAAGGUGUUAACUGUAACAAAUGCUCGUUCGGUUAUUAUCGUCCUGAUGGUGUUCAAUGGAGCGAUAUGAUGCCUUGCAAGCCUUGCACCUGCGAUCCAACUAAGCAUACUGGAAAUUGUGAAGAAGGAACUGGAAAUUGCUAUUGUCAGCCAAGGUUUGAGGGCGAGAAUUGUGACAGAUGUUCUAAAGGGUAUUACGACCCACCAGAGUGUAAGAAAUGUGAAUGCACCGUUGAGGGAACCACAGGAGAUGUCUGUUCGCCCGAUAAUGGACAGUGUCCAUGUAAACCAGGAUUUGGGGGAAUAUUUUGCGAAACGUGUGAAGACGGUUUCACCAAUGUUACAGCAGGAUGCAAAGAGUGUGUCUGCGACGAAGUUGGUGCGGCACAUUCGAAUUGCUCAGCCACAACAGGACAGUGUGAUUAUUCUGCUUUUGUCGAAAAAGAAACUACUCACUUAUCCAUUUUUUUGCUGACAGUUUGCAACUGCGAUCCUCUCGGAACCGAAAACGGUGUAUGUGAUUCUCAUUCUGGACAGUGCAUGUGCAAAGACGGAUUUUAUGGUGAGAAGUGUGAUCAGUGCGACAUUGGCUAUUACGGCUAUCCGAACUGCAAAGAAUGUAAGUGUGUGGGAGCAGGCGCUAAAGCUUUGGAAUGCGACAUGAGCACAGGACAAUGCCCAUGCUACAGUAAUUUUACUGGCCGAAUCUGUGACAAGUGUGCUGUUGGAUUUUACGACUAUCCUAAUUGCAAAGCAUGCGGUUGCUUCAUUGACGGUGCUAAAGGGCAAGCGUGUGACAGUAGGGGACAGUGUUAUUGCAAAGAAAACUUUGAGGGAGAACGAUGUGAUCGGUGCAAGCCUAAUUUCUAUAACUUUCCCACAUGCGAGGAGUGUAACUGUCACCCAGCGGGGGUAACACUUGAUUUUGCUGGUUGUGAUAAGGUGAAACCUGGUGAGUUGUGCUCGUGUCGAAAGAACGUUGAUGGACGUAUUUGUGAUCAGUGUAAGCCAACAUUCUGGGAUCUUCAAUACCAUCACGAGGAUGGAUGCGUCGAGUGCCGUUGUCAUUUGAACGGAACACUUUCAAUGCUAGACAUCUGCGAUUUGAGAUUUGGUCAAUGUGUUUGUAAACGAAAUACAGCUGGGAGGCAAUGUGAGAAGUGUGCGGAUGGUUUCUUUAAUCUUCAGGGCUUCAACCAAUUAGGUUGCGAACCGUGCAAAUGUGAUAUCGGUGGUGCUCUUCGAGCGGAUUGUGAUGCUUUAACUGGGCAGUGCCGAUGCCGUCCGCGAGUUACCGGUUUGCAAUGCGACAAACCUAUCGAGAAUCACUAUUUUCCGACCUUAUGGCACCAUCAGUAUGAAGCCGAAGACGGACAUACCGACGACCAGAGACCAGUACGUUUUGCAGUCGAUAAAGACCAGUUUCCUGACUUCAGUUGGCGUGGUUAUGCUGUGUUCUCCACUAUACAAGAUAAAGUAUUGUUGGAUAUCGAUGUUGCCAAAGCCUCAGUCUAUAAGCUACUAUUAAGCUACCACAACCCUACUACGGUACCAGUCACUGCUUUUAUUACUGUUGCGCCUAAAAUGACUCAUUCUCAAGAUAUUGAGCAAUCGGAAAAGGUUGCACUCGUACCCACAGAAAUUCCAUCAGUUAAGGAAGUGACAGUUGCUGGUAAACCAUUUGUCCUUAAUCCCGGAAAGUGGUCGAUUAGUGUUUCUACUAAACAGCGCUUGUUCUUGGACUUUGUCGUCGUGCUACCGGCCGAGUACUAUCUUGGAAGUAUUCUGAAAGAGCGUGCUGCACCACCUUGUGAAGCGCAUACAGCAUAUAACACAACUUGUGUUGAUCUUUUAUAUCCACCGAUGGCAAUGAGCGCACGCGUUGAUGUCACAGAAAAUCCGGAUACUUUCAAAGAAGUCCACAUGGAUGGCACAACGAGUGAUCUUAAAAAAGUAAUGUAUUUUCGAUUAUGUCUCUUAAACAUUAUUGGUCCCGCUGCUUUUGUGCAAACCGGGGAGAAGGAGAAAGUUACAGAAGCAAAAAUUGAAGUUCCAGAAGACUACGAAUACGUAGUUGUUGUGGAAUACCAUAAUCUAGCCAGGUACCAGCUACCGAUCGCUGUUGAGCUCAGUCAGGAGGGUAAUAUGGUAGCUAACGGAACCAUUUCUAUCCACCACUGUCCAUUUGCAACAUUUUGUCGUGAAGUGGUCGUUGACGAUGGGAAGGUAUCGGUUAUACCAUUAACCAAAGGGUCCGCCACAGCACAACUCGUCGUACCGCCAAUGACCGAAUUUGGUCUCGCUGCAAUAAACCUUAUUGCUAAGAAAGAAUGGAAUAGUGAAUAUUUGCAACAGGUGCCAGUCUGUGUUCGCAGAGAUGGCAGAUGUGUUCCACAACAACAUCCACCUGCUGGUAAUUCCAUUAUUGCAGAAGCUGAGGCUGGACAAAAUCAGGAUAAAGCUAUAACAGGGGAGAAAUUACCAUUUCCAAUAGCGAAUCCAAAAGAUGUAGCAGUUGUUCCAUUAGACGAGAGUCAGGGCACGUUAGAAAUGAUGGGUGUAGUACCUGGACGCGGUCACUACGUAUUUCUUGUACAGUAUUUCAAUCCAGACAAUACACCGAUUGACGUGGCAGUGUUACUACAGAAUGACCAUUUCUAUGAAGCAAUUGUUCCACUAGGCUACUGUCCAUCUGUUAGCGGUUGCCGAGCGCUGGUAAAGAGCAAGGAAAAUCCGGAAGUAACGCAAUUUUGGAUGGAAGACAGGUACACUGCGACGUUAUACCACAACAGUACGCAGAAGGGGCCAGUGUUCAUUGACUCGAUUACAGCUGUGCCGUAUCAUUCGUACAAUAAAAAUCUCAUGGAACUACAACCCAUCGACCUGUCGUCGGAAUUCAUUCAACAAUGCAGCGCCGAUUUUUAUAAAAAUGAUCCUCAAAAUGUUUCGGAUUUUUGCCGAGAGAGAAUUUUCUCUCUGACAACAGAUUUCAAUGCUGCGGCAUUUUCAUGCGAUUGCAAUGCCAGAGGAUCGGAGUCUUUUUCUUGUGAUGAAUAUGGCGGACAGUGCAAAUGCAAGCCAAAUAUCAUUGGUCGCCGUUGUGAUAGAUGUGCACCUGGAUAUUAUAACUAUCCAGAAUGUAUAAAAUGCAGAUGCAACUUUGGACAGCAGUGUGAUGAACAGACAGGUCAGUGCUUCUGCCCUCCUUUUGUUGAGGGUACGACUUGCGACAAAUGUGUUGGAUAUGCAUUCGGCUAUGAUCCUCUCAUUGGAUGUCAGAAGUGUGGAUGUGAUUUGCAAGGUUCUGAAGGUGGUUCAUUACAAUGCGAUCCAAAUAGUGGACAGUGUUUGUGUCGUGAAUCAAUAGGUGGUAGGCAGUGUGACCGCUGUUUGCCAGGAUUCUAUAGUUUCCCACGUUGCUACGCAUGUCGAUGUAACGAAGCCGGAACAACUGAAGAAAUCUGUGAUGCCACUAGCGCACAGUGCAGUUGUAAGGAGAAUGUUGGUGGCGCACGGUGUGAUAUUUGUAGAGCUGGCAGUUUCGACCUCUCAGCCGAAAAUCCGAAAGGAUGCACUGACUGCUUUUGCUUUGGUGUCACAGAUCAGUGUCAAUCAAGCAUGUUCCCAGUUACUAUUAGCGCAGUUGAUAUGGCCGCUUUUACCUCCAGUGAUCCGACUGGUACUCUGACCGUAGAGGACGACACGCUCACCUAUAAGGGUUCCCAAGAUUCGCCAACAAACGUCUAUUUGGAUGCGCCUAUCAAUCAUCUAGCGGAUUACACCACCAGUUAUGGCUUAAUGUUAUAUUUUCGACUCUCAACGCAACCUAACGAAGAGCAGGUGAAACUGAAUACCGAAGCAGAUGUACGGCUUUACGGAAACAACGUGACUGUGGAAUUCUGGGCUCCUGAGCAGCCGGUUGACCCUAAGCAACCGUUCAAUGUGAAAGUGAAGCUGGUACCGGAGAAUUUUCUGUCCUCUAGCGGUCAGCCGAUCAGUCGGGAAGACUUUAUGAUGCUUCUGCAUUCACUGCAGAAUAUCUCUCUGAAAGUGUCAUAUUACAACAAGCCUCGGUCAGCGCAACUUAUCGAGUUUGGUCUUGAAAUUUCUAAUGAGACCUUUCCGGCUUCGAUCAUACAAGCGUCAUCAGUUGAGCAGUGUAUCUGCCCCGCACCCUACUCCGGACCGAGCUGUCAGCAUUGUGCUUCUGGAUUCUAUCGAGUAAAGACUGCGACAUAUCUUGGUGCAUGCGUGGCGUGCGAAUGUAAUGGGCAUUCUGGAUCGUGCAACCCAGAUACUGGAGUUUGCUACGAUUGUCAACACAACACAUACGGUGAUCACUGUGAAUUUUGCAAAGAAGGAUAUUAUGGAGCUGCUACUGAUGGUAGUCCAUACUCAUGCAUGCCGUGUCAGUGCCCUUUUUCACCAACGAACAAUUUCGCAACUGGAUGUGAAGUAUGGGUUCAUUUUUGCUGUUGUUUAUCCAUCUAUGUUUCAAAACGAUUUUGUAGAUGUGCAGCUGGUUUCUUUGGUGAUCCGCAACGACCGAGUGGUUCAUGUGAACCCUGCGACUGUAACGACAACAACAAUUUAACAGAUUGGCGAGCUUGUCACCCUAAUACAGGUGAUUGCUACCUUUGCGAAUGGAACACUGAUGGAAGAAAGUGCGAGUUAUGUGCACAGUGGUUAGUUUUAUAG